AUGGGUACAAAUCGUGAAACACUGUCCAAAAAGACACCCACUGUUUCGCUUCCUGAACCAACCCCAUUGUUUUCUCCAAGACCAGUUAGUGAGCUCGAAGCUGCAGCAACUGAAAUUCAGAGAGUGUAUAAGGGUUACAGGACUAGGCGUAACCUCGCAGAUUGUGCUGUUGUGGUUGAGGAACUAUGGGAGAAGGCCUUAGUCUUUGCAGCUCUGGAACGAAGCUCAGUGUCCUUCUUCGACAUUGAGGAACAUGAAACUGCUGUGUCACGGUGGGAACGGGCUAGGACAAGGGCUGCCAAGUUAGGGAAGGGUUGGUGCAAGGAUGAGAAGGCUCAGAUGCUAGCUUCACAGUACCUUCUUGAAGCUAUUGAUCCACGCCAUCGGUUCGGACUCAAUUUGCAUCUCUAUUAUGAUGUCUGGUCUGAUUGCAAGACCAUCCAACCUUUCUUCUACUGGUUGGAUGUUGGUGAUGGUAAAGACGUAAACCUCAAAAAUUGCCCAAGAAGUGUUCUAACCCUUCAGUGCAUCAAAUAUCUUGGACCAAAAGAGAGGGAGUCAUAUCAAGUGAUUGUGGAGAAUGGAAAGCUUGUGCACAGGCAAACUGGGAUGCUUGUUCACACAGUUGAACUUGGGUCUAAGUGGAUUUUUGUGCUGAGCACAUCAAGGGUUUUGUAUGUUGGGCAAGAAAUAAAAGGUGUUUUCCAGCACUCAAGUUUUCUAUCUGGAGGGGCUGUAAGUGCAGCUGGAAGAUUAGUUGCCCACAAUGGGGUUCUUGAGGCCAUAUGGCCAUCCAAUGGUUACUAUCUCCCAACUAUACACAAUUUCAAGAAACUCAUUAGCUUCUUGGAGGAGCAACAAGUAGACCUCACCAAUGUCAAGAUGUGUGCAAUAGAUGAUGACAAAGAAUCAUUCAUUGAUCCAACUGAUCAUCAACAUGAGAGUAUGGGUUCCACAUCCAGUGCAACCAAUAGAGAAGCCCCUGUAUAUGACUUGUCCAAGCGUUUGUCUUGCAAGUGGUCCACGUAUUGA